AUGGCGGAGCCCACGCUUCGCAAGCGCUCUCGCGCGGCCUGCCUGUCAUGCCAAUCGCGCAAACGAAAAUGCUCAGGCGACCAGCCAUGCACCACCUGCGUUCAGUCCCGCAUACCAUGUCAAUUCAGCGCUGCUCCCCGCAAAAAGCGCUCUCGGGCUAGUAGCGUCCCUCAGAACAUUGGAAGUGUUCCUGCGUCUGCGCCGGUUGAGGCUCAGCGACAUAUAGAGAACUGGUCGAGUCACCACCCCAAUCCGAGCACCAGUGCGGCGGGCAGCGUUCCGUCCCCGGCCUCCUUACCUCGGGCUAGUGAUUCGCAACCCUUCAAACACCCUCUCGAGGCCAACUCGGGAGCUUCCUUUGUACGCAAGCUUGGUCUGCGGAUUGACCCGGCUCGAGCACCACGCUUGCAUUUAUUUGCAUGGAAUGUCGGCAAGAGGAAAGAAGCGCCGGGGCUUUCGGUAUCAUCCCUAGAGCAAUUGACACCGCCGGCUUCGUCAAUUACCAAGCAUCUCUCGCAAGCUCAGAUGCUAGCGUUAACGAACAUAUAUUUCGAGAAAGUCCAUCCGUGCUACGAAUUCUUGGAGAGGGAGACGGUUCUUAGUGAUAUUGUCCAACGAUGGUCGAAUCAGCAAUCGAUAUUUGAUUCCCCCGAGCAACCUGUUGACACUGUUCUCUGCGGGAUUGCAGCUCUGGCUUAUCUCUUUUCAAAUCGCCAGGUCGUCGAACACGAGGUAAAACUCGCUGAGGCCGCUCGCAUCCUUCUUGACAAAUCGGUACUAUGCGGGAGAACACCUUCUAUCUACAUAAUAAAGGGCUGGGUUCUACGAACUGCCUACUUGCGCAUGACAGCCUCUCCUCAUGCAGCAUGGAUGGCCAGCUGCACAUUGAUGCACCUAAUCGAGGCCGCAGGCCUACAUAUUGAAAACACAGACCCGGAAACAAUCAGUCUCGGCAACAAUACAUCUGGCGAGCCCCAAGCAACGCCAGGUGCCAAUCUUGGGAAGAGAAUAACCCAACCUCCAAAUGACCUCGAUAUCCGCCGACGCCUAUUCGGCAUGGCCCGACAUCUCAACACCUGGAUCUCCUUCGACCUAGGCCGCUCACGCGUCGUCCUCCACGGCGCAACCUCCCAAUCACCAACUCAUUCCACGACAGGCGGCGGCGGAGCAGAUCUCUUCCAGCUCCUCCCACUCUCCGAAUCCCUAGACCCAACAGGCCCAUCCCCACAAGAUCUACCAGAACUGGAAACCGCCCUGACAUCCGUCCUCAACCCGGUAUACACCGAACCCUCCCUAAUCCUUGUUCAAUGCAACCUAAUGCUCUGCAUCUACCGACGCGCCAGAGCCCUGAACCCCCACGCCCCGCUCAGCUUCCAGCUUCAAGAUCGAAUCCUGGCACUGGCAAGUCGCGCUCUGGCAGCAGCUAGAAAAAUGGUCGUGGAGACCUGUCCCUGGCACCAAGUUGCCAAUGUGCCGUUCCAGGUUGUCUGUACGCUGUUGGCGAUUGAUAAUCACGCCGCGCUGGCGGUGCUUCCGGAUGCGAUGCAGACGUUGCGGGAGGUGCAGGCGGCGUAUGAUACCAAUGUUAUGCGGGAGGCGUAUUCGACGGCUUAUUUGCUUGUUGCGAUGCAUCAGCGGAGAAAGGAGGAUGAUACUCGAGCUCUGGCGGAGGUCAUGAGGGCAAAUGCCUCUGCGGCUGUGCAGGAUGUUUCUCGGAGAAGCGGGGGCGAUCAGGUUGGUGGACAUGAGAAUGGGACUGAAGUCCAGGGGGUUUCGUUGCUGGAGAUAGAGUCGCAGAAUGUACAGACUCAGACCCAGACACAGGCGCAGGCGCCAGCGCAGCAGGAUGCGACCCCUGUUUUCGAUGCGGAGCUGUCUUGGUUGGGCGAUUUGGUAAUUGAUAUGCCGUCGCUACAGAAUUUUGAUCUGGAUCAGUUUCUGUUGACCGAUGUGCCGUGGCCGCUGCCUGAGAUGGGAAUUUGA